AUGACUUCGAGGCAUAAUGACGGACUUUGUCGCCCGUGUACCAAGGUUAACUUUCACUCUCUCGAAGAAGGUCGUACGAAACGAACGGAACGAGAAACGGAAUUUGACGUAUUCUGGGAUUUGCUUUCAGUGUUAAACGAGAAGAAUUGUCCAUUAUGCCGACUCCUUAUCAGUUGCCUUCGGAAUGACGACGACUUUGAUUUUGCAGAAGCUGGGAAGUUUGACCACAUAUACGGUGUAUAUGCUGGCCACGAGCUCCGAGUCCUUGUAAAGCAAAAAGAACGAACGAAGAGAUCGAGCUAUAGCAUUCAAGUUUGUGGAGACAAGAAUAGCCAGAUUCAGGAGCAUUUGGUCAAAAUUAAGCCAACAACUUUCGAUGUGAAAGAACUCAAGUCCUGGCUGGACAGGUGCAAUAACGGACAUCGGCAAUGCAGCACUAAGGGCGACCUUCUGGCAAAGCCUUUACCAAACGGCUUUCGCCUCAUUGACGUCAAAAGAGGCUGCAUUAUUACAGCUGAAUCGGACCCCAUAUACUGCGCCUUAAGCUACGUUUGGGGCGGUGGGAAUCAGUUGACUUUAAAUAAGCAGAAUCUUACAACAUUGGAAAAAGAAGGCGCACUUUUUGGCAACGACUUUCUCCUACCGAAAUCAAUAACGGAUGCUAUCAAGCUCUGCAAAGAUCUCAACCAGAACUAUCUCUGGGUGGACUGUUUGUGCAUUCUUCAAGAUGGAGAAGCGGACAAACAUAAUCAGGUUAGCUCGAUGGACGCCGUGUAUAAUUUAGCAUUCUUGACGAUCGUCGCUGCAGCUGGAGAUAGUGCGAAUGCCGGCUUGCCUCCUUUCAACUCACCUCGACUUAAUUCCCACCUUUUAUUCCAUGUCGAGACUAUCUCAGGCAUUAACUUUGUCUCAUGUCUGAGCCCUCGAAUCGCUACGGAAGCUAUUACAGAAUCAAAAUGGGCCACUCGUGGGUGGACUCUUCAAGAGUAUGUACUAUCGAAGAGAACGGUCAUAUUUACAGGAAGAUAUGUUUUCUUUCGCUGCAAAGAAGCAUUAUGGGCUGAAGACUUUGGCUUGCAAUUUUUAAGUUUCCGUGAUAACUGGCCCGGUUGGGACCUUCCGUUGUAUCGAUUUUCUACAACAACACAAAGGGCUUCAGGUCAAUAUCUAGAAAAUUACUCUCAGCUCGUUGCUCAGUAUGUUCGUCGAGUUCUCACUAAAGAGGAAGACAUUUUGUAUGCUUUUCUUGGAAUUCUCAAUCGUCUUGAGAACAUUAUCGGCACUCAUUUAUGGGGCUUGCCAUCGAAAGAGUUCGGAUCAGCGCUACUGUGGUCGACCAAUUCAUCGUUCUCAAUCAAGAGAAGACCCUUAUUCCCAAGCUGGUCCUGGGCAGGUUGGAUUUAUACCAAUGGCUUUCCACACGAAGGGAUCAUUCGCGAUGGUAUCUAUCUUGGAAUUGGUUCGUGGUAUGAGCACAGUUCCAUUCUAACAUGCUACAAUGUUGGAGAUGACACUGAAAUUCAAUGUUUUGAGCAAAAUCAUAUUGGCCGGGUUACUUCAAUGCGUCUCAGGGCGAUAGAAGAAGGCAUAUCAGGCUCCGAGUUCGAGAUACCAAUCCAAAAAUCGAUUAAGGAGCAUUUCACUCCACCCAAGAAUUAUGAGCAUCUUCUGGACUCAUACAUUUCUCUCAAAGACCGCUCAGGACCACCACUUUCUCAUUAUGUGUUCUUUUGGACUAGCUGCAGCACCUUGCUCGUAGAUCGACAGCCUACAUACGAUAGGGAGGGUAAUUCAAGCUUCGGGCAGUUUUCCAUUCGUCUACAACCAGACAGUGACCACACAAUCGGGCACGUUCGUCUAGAUUCCGAAUGGCGAGAAAAGCAACCUGAAAUGUUAGAGUUCGCUGUCACAACUGUGGGGUUUUAUAGUGGGUGGUUUAAUUACCCACGAAUCGCCCUAAAAUUUGGACUUAUGCUUAUAACGAGCUGUACCAACACUAAGCCGGAGGCCUAUACCAGGGUAACAGCCGUUCAAGGGAGAGUGGAACUGGAAGAUUGGAUUAAAUCAGAACCACAACAGCGUCUUCUGGCUCUUAUCUAA